CCGACCAAAUAAAAGUCUUACACAAAAGGAUUUUGAGGAGAAAAAAAACACAAAAAGGAUUUACUUAUCAAGCACAAAAACGAACCACUAUCUUACUCUUUCAUUGUCAUCACCAACCCACACAAAAAAACUAAAACAAAGGUUCACAUUUCAAGAAAAAAUGUUGAGUAGUCUUCAACUACACACCACUCAAAGAAUAAUAUUAGCUCUAAGACUCUCUUAUCUUCUAAUUUUCACUUUUUCACUUCCUAGUUCCCAUGGCUACCCUUCAAGAUCUCAUAUCACCAUCUAUGCAAGCUGCUCUGAAGAAAAAUACCAACCAAACACACUCUUUGAAUCAAACCUUAACACCUUUCUAUCUUCAGUUGCAAGUUCAUCAUCUCAAGUUACUUACAAUAGUUUUGCUAUUGGAAACGAAAGCUCAACACAACAAGAAGGAAGUGUAUAUGGUUUAUACCAAUGUAGAGGUGAUUUGCAUCCAAUUGAUUGCUCAAAGUGUGUUGGAAGAGCUGUUAAUGAAAUAAGCUUAGUUUGUCCUUAUUCCCUUGGUGCUUCUUUGCAACUUGAAGGUUGUUAUCUAAGAUAUGAACAUAGUGGUGAUUUUCUUGGGAAAUUGGAUACAAACAUUAGGUACAAGAAAUGUAGUAAAGAUGCGAGUAGUGAUGUCGAGUUCUUUCGGCGUAGAGACGAUGUUCUUGCGGAUUUGCAAACGGCGAACGGAUUUAGAGUGAGUAGUUCAGGAUUAGUUCAAGGAUUUGCACAAUGUGUGGGUGAUUUAAUUGUAUCAGAUUGUUCAUCUUGUUUAAUUGAUGCUGUUGGAAAGCUUAAGAGUUUAUGUGGAUCAGCAGCUGCAGCUGAUGUAUUCUUGGGACAAUGUUAUGCUCGGUAUUGGGCUUCUGGCUACUAUGAUGAAUCAGAUUCCCACAACAAUGACGAGGUGGGGAAAUCAGUUGCAAUUAUUGUUGGAGUGUUUGGGGGUCUAGCUGUUUUAGUUGUCCUUCUCUCAAUUUGCAAAAAAGCAGCGGGCUAAGAAGAUAUAGCAAGGGUAAUCAUCACGAAAGAUCCUCAAAUGUUUGUUAAAGUUUAUUGAAAGCCUACUUUCACUUUUUGGCCUAUUUAAUAUUUUGUUUUUUCACAAAAAGAAAGUGGGUGUUAUCCUUUCGUUUACAAAGUAGAAAUAUUUUAUACAUCAACUUAGAAAGGGCUGCAUAUUGUCUUGCCUUGGUGAUGUCCAACCGAAACCCAUCAUUCAUUUAAACAUUUUAAAUAUUGCAUUUCUAUAUAUAUUAGUCAGCUGUGCACUUCUUUCUA